AAUGAGCAUAUCGAAAACAUUGAUGGCACCAGUCCCAACCACUUUCGUGCCAGUGUCAGUGGAACACACUGUACGGAAUUAUUGCCACCGCUUCGACGAUUACGAAGACCACAGUGAGGGUCUCCUCAUCGACGGUGAAACCGCGACUUCGAGCAUGACGUGUCGCAGCCUUCACACAGUCUAUGGACGGACCUACGGAUGGCAUUUCUUCUUUGGACCAUCCGCGGGCUAUGCUUCCAGUUCAGGGAGUCUCUCUGCAGCGAUGUUCGACGACUGAAGGUCGUUAUUCAGGCUACCCCUGCGGUAGGCUUCAAAGCUGAAGGGGCAGGAUACUUAAUCCUUCGUGCGCGAAAGCUCUGCCGUGAAUGUCGCCUCUCAACGUAUCAUUCCAACAAGAUUCAGUGCCAUGUUCGGCUACGUCUUCGCAGGAGCUGCCGCCCUCUACCUUUUGCUUCGCAACAUUGUCUAUCCAUUUGCCUUGUAUCUAUACGAUGCGAAAGGAUUUCGAAAGUACCCCAACCUAAGCCCCUUCUCUGGCUUCUCGAAUUUUCCAUACAUGGUCCUAUCUAUGUCUGGCAGACGGUCAGAGACGCUAGCGGAACUCCAUCAAAAGCAUUCGGUCAUCAGAAUUGGCCCUAACGCUCUGUCUUUCGGUGACUGCAAGGCCAUCAAGGAUAUCUAUGGCCAUACCACCCAAUGCACAAAGGAUGAGAUGUACGACGUCCUGGCCGGGACCCAUUUCCAUGUCGCCGAUGUGAUCGAUAAAGAUGACCACGCGCGCAAACGGAAAAUGCUUUCGAGUGCAUACGCACUGAAGAAUCUCGAAAAUUGGGAGCAUAAGAUCACCGAGAAAGUCACCCGCCUUGUCAACCACUUUGACCAUUGUGAAGCUCAGAAUCAAGAAGUCGACUACCGAGAGUGGACAAACUACUUCACGAUGGACGCCAUCGCAGACAUCGGACUCAGCGAAGAUCUCGGCUUCACUUCGAGAGGCGAUGAUGACCUCAUCAGUGAACAGUUGGACGGUACAAGACGAGUGGUGCACUACCGGGAAACGCUGCACUCUCUGCUGACCGCACAGUCCCACCUGGUUUGGUCAUACGAGUUCUACCCUCACCUGGCUAAGCUCACAAAGUGGGUGCCAGGGUACUCCAAACUCUGGAAACUGGGGGAUGCAUACCCCGGCAUGGUAUUCCAUCUCGCAAAGAAGCGAUUCGCACGAUACGAGGCUGGGGAGCGCCUAGAUGAUUUUUUCCAGGCCUUGAUGCAUUCUAAGGCUGGAUCGGCUCACGAUCUUGAAUGGGGGGAGAUCAUUGCGGAGCUGUCAGUGAUGUUAAAUGCAGGGUCGGUAACCACAGCGAUCGCGGUCAACAAUGUAAUGUACCUCCUGCUGAAGAAUCCCCGUUGUCUCUCGGUACUGCGCGAAGAGCUCGAUGCCAACCUUGGGGACGAACUUGUGUCUCCGUACCCCAAGGUCCGACACCUACCUUAUCUGCGUGCCUGUCUCGAUGAGGCUCUGCGCAUCUAUCCCCCUACGCCGUUCAAUCUGCCCCGAAGCACUCCGGCAGAGGGGGCUAACAUUAUGGGAGAGUGGAUAGCUGGAGGAACCUCGGUCGGCAUGUCCUCCUAUGUUGCCCACCGAGAUGAGAAGAUCUUCCCGGACCCAGAACGCUUCUAUCCUGAGAGAUGGCUGUCGGAGCAGGGCAAAGAGAUCCAGCCAUACUUCCUCACCUUCAGUGCCGGUGCAAGAGGCUGUCUGGGCCGCAACAUCAGUUAUCUGGAGCAAUAUAUAUUGACGGCCACCAUGGUUCAUCGAUAUGACUUUUCGUUACCCAGUCCGACCUGGGAGCAAGAACGAUACGAGCAUUUCAACCACCCACCAGGACCUCUCCCCCUGCAGGUCUCACGACGCAAUCCCAAGGCUCACGCAUGAGAAUAUUCUAAUGGUACAAUAAUGAGGAGCCAUCGGGAGCGAGGGACCAUGUGGGCCAAAGCAUUGAAUUCCUUGGCGGGUCAAAGAUAUGUGCCUGGGCUGUCCUAAGCGGCGUUUGAAUCGACCUUCAGAGCUUUGUGCGCUUUUCAUUCCUGCACUUGACGAGAG